ACGCACGCCCAACCCCCUCUGCGUCCUUCGCUCAUUGUUCAGCUUGUGCUAGCUAAUGUGCUAGUCAGAGGAUAGCCAAUAUUACGAAGAGGUUUAAACUUUCCAUGCAUGCAUUAAAGACAGUUUGAGUUUAAAACAAAUAUUUGAGAGCUCGUCAAAGCAACCAUGAGCAAGAGGAAAGCGCCGCAGGAAUCCCUAAAUGAGGGAAUAACAGACUUUCUUGUCGAGUUGGCCAAUUACGAGAAAAACGUCAACAGGGCAAUACACAAGUACAAUGCUUACAGGAAAGCAGCAUCUACCAUUGCCAAGUACCCUAACAAAAUCAAAAGUGGCGAAGAGGCCAAGAAACUGGAUGGUGUCGGAGCUAAAAUAGCAGAAAAGAUUGAUGAGUUCCUACAGACAGGCAAACUGCGGAAACUGGAAAAGAUCCGUAAUGAUGACACCAGCUCUUCAAUCAAUUUCCUCACCAGAGUUACUGGGAUUGGCCCUGCUGCGGCCAGGAAGUUUUUUGAAGAAGGGGUGAAGACAUUAGAAGAUUUGAAAAAGAUUGAGCACAAGCUAAAUCAUCAUCAACAGAUUGGACUCAAGUAUUUUGAGGAAUUCGAGAAAAGGAUUCCACGUGCUGAAAUGGAAAAGAUGGAGACUCUUAUUCUGGGAGAGUUAGAGCAGAUCGACCCAGAAUACAUCGGAACAAUCUGUGGCAGCUACAGGAGAGGUGCACCAUCGAGUGGUGAUAUUGAUAUUUUGCUAACCCACCCAGACUAUACCUCUCUGACUCCGAAGCAGCCCAAGCUCCUCCAUGCUGUCGUUGACCAUUUGGAGUCCAUGGGGUUUGUGACCGACACCCUGUCCAAAGGAGACACCAAGUUCAUGGGAGUCUGCCAGCUGCAGCAGAGUGAUGAAGAUGAGGAAGAAUACCUUCACAGGCGUAUUGAUAUUAGGUUAAUUCCUAAAGACCAGUACUACUGUGGAGUUCUGUAUUUCACUGGAAGUGAUAUCUUCAAUAAAAACAUGAGAACACACGCUCUGGAAAAGGGCUUCACUCUUAAUGAGUACACCAUACGACCACUUGGAGUCACUGGUGUGGCAGGAGAGCCUCUGUUGGUGGAUAGUGAGAGAGACAUCUUUGAAUACAUCCACUACAAAUACAGAGAGCCAAAGGACCGCAGCGAGUGAAGCAAAGGACAGCUCACAGUUACAUCUGUUACAGCACUCCUGCAAACGAAAACAGAAACAUGUUUACAAACGUGUGUACAAUUCAUCUGUGUUAUCAAAAAGAAAACAACUGUGAAGUCAUUUGAUUGUUUGUUUUGAACUUUUAUAUCUAUCUUAAAUUGAAACCAUCAACAUUUUAAUCUAAAACAAGAAAGUUUACGUGGUUUUUAACUCGGUUUAAGUAUCCAUGGUGUAUCUAUGUGACAACCUUUGGGCUCCAUUGUAACCAUUUUUUAAAAUCAUGCUCUCAACAGUAAUUUAUUUUUGACAAUACUUGUAUAUUUAAGUUUUAAUAUGCCAAAAAUUGAUUAUACCAUAACCUCAGAAGAAA